AUGGAUCGUCUGCCGACGGAGGUUCUGCAAAACAUAUGUCGCUUUCUCAGUCGCCACGAGCUAGUUCAGUUCUCUCUUAUCAACAAAAUCUGUUGGGCGGCUUCAAGACCACGCUUCUUCCAUACAGUCUGUGUCAACUUCUCGUCGCCGCAGACACUGGAGGCUACUGUUGAGCGCUGGACUGCUGUGUUACAAUCUUCCGACAGCUUCGCGGCUGUUGAACACCUCCAGGUAGUCGCGAAGGAUCUCUAUUCGUUGUCAUUGUCUCAGCGUCUCGAGAACUGUGGCGAUCACCCCUUGGAUCCCUGGCGAUUUUGUGCUAUCGAUGAUCGCUCAACCAGGCAACUCGAACAUCACGCACAGUGGCAAAAGCUGGAGCAGCUCCUUAAAAGACUUCGGGGCCUUCGGGACUUGACAUGGGGUUGUCGUGAGCAAAUUCCUCCGUGCGUAUUGCGAUACAUCCACGAUCGCCUCCCCCAAUGUCGCCUCCAUAUGCGGAAUUUCUCUUUGCGCAAUUUGAUUCAACCUCCACAGGUCCCGAUCGAUAUCGACCCUCACGAGCUUGAAAUUGCCAGAUCACCGUGUCUCUACAGCAUUGCAAUGAAAUACGACUACAUGUACUCAGACUGUGCGAACUACAACGAAGAUGCCGUCAGAGAGAUGGUCGCAAGUGUAGCACCGAGCCUCAAAGAAGUCAGUCUACUCUACGAGUCGAGCGGGUGCGAUCCAUGGCUUGUCGCUGCCCUAAGGGUCCCAAGACAAUCAUGGCACCGUGCCUUGAUCUCGCCGCUCUCAUUAAAUACUGCUCGAGGCGCCCUAAAUUGUCUAGAGUUAGCUACAAGGAUCACGAUCGACUCUCUCAGUGUUUGGAGCAAACUGACAGACUUUUCAGCGCUGCGAAGUCUAAAACUGCAUCACUCUAUCGUUCCAUCGGAACUUCGCUGGCUUACCGACCAUUGUCGAUUCGACUCGCUUGACACCCUCAUCAUUAAACCCGACUUGGCCGUCGAGGACAACGUGGAGGGAUUGGCCGACGCAACCGAGGACUUCCUUCAUGCUUUGCCGCCUCUUCGAAAGCUCAAACUGACCGGAACAUACCAACAACGUACAGUCAUAUCUGCGAUCGACCAUAGUGGUGCAUUCCUACAGCGACUCCAUCUAGCACUGACAGACGAUCAGUCAGGAAGUGUCCCCGAGCCGAGCUCUUCUGGGCUCGCCAGUCCGGAUUUCUCCCACACAUUACAGCAAAGGUGUCCGGUUCUCGAAGACGUUUCGUUGUGUAUACUUCGAACCCAGGGAGAUGCUCAUGAGGUCGCGAUAUAUCGAGGCCUGGGCAAGAUUCCUACACUCCGCAAGAUACAUCUCUCAAUCUACUGUUCACAAUCUCUAUCUGGGGACGAAGAGAUAUUGAGGGGCGUGAGCCUUGCUAACAGCUCAGCAUCAUCUGAUAUAGAGGGCAGAUUGAGCGAAGUAGACAAAGUCUUGAUCGAUUUCGCGAUCGAUGAUACACUCGCCAAAUCGGUGUUCCGUACUAUAUCGGCUGCGAAACCCGCCUACGCUACACCUCUUGAAUGUCUGACACUGCGGGUCGAGGCGUUUGGAGCGGACGGGGGAUGGGGCUCUCGACAUGAUCUAAUCAAGUUACUGCAGUACAUCGGGCACUCCUGGACGUGUACUGGAACCCUACGAGACGACCGGCCUCAUGAAUGCGUACUCGAAGAAUAUGAUCAGGAGGACCAGCUAGAUCGAAACUAUAUGGAGGAGUCGGGUGAACUAGCAAAAAUCACGAAUGCGCAGAUCAUAGCUGCCCUACACCGUGUCUGGCCAGAAAGCCGUAAUGCCAAUUGGAAGGACAAGUGGCAUAGUUUCCCUCUGGAUACUACGCACACGUUAUAA